AUGCGACUACUCUGUCUUGUUGUCCUAGUUGCGUCCAGCUUCCUGGCAAAUGGCGAAGCCUUUAUUGUGGAUUCUGUUACGGCCGGCAUCGCUACGCAUCUUUCUUCUGGUGCUACCCAGUCGACUGACACGAAUCUCCGUGGAACAAGAUUUCUGAGAGCUGUUGAGAAAGUCAGUCUGAGUGCAAUCGAAGACGACGAAGAGAGAGUGCCAACAAUGAAUUUUGCUGGAAUGUUUCGCGAUGCGAAGGAAACUCGAAAGUGGUUGCAGUAUUGGUUCAAUACGGGCGAAUCAGCAGAGAGCGUCGCUGCAAAGUUGGGAGCGGUCAAGUUGUCAGGCGUCGAUGCAGCCAUCCAUGAAAAUUCAGCGGCUUUAGCUAAGUACGGUCAAAUGCUGAAGGAUGCAAAGGAAGGGCGGAAGUACGCUUACUUUGGCACGGGCUACCAAACUAGGAAGAAAACGAUGGAAUGGCUGGGUAAGUGGGCCCUUGAAGAAAAAUCUCUGGAAUAUGUUGCCACUCAGCUGAAAGUGCUGGGCAAAAACGGCAACAUGCUAAAGGUUCACCGGAAUUACAACGCGAUCAAGGCGUACAAGGAAAUCCUGGAGAGCGUGGAAAAAAUUCGUGCAAAACCUGUUUAA